CCCUGUUACCCCCUACCCUGCCGCUAGGGGUAGCGGCGGCGGCUGGGGCCCGAGAGCGCGGCACCUUUGAGGCAGACGUGAGGCGUGAGGACGAGCGCCGGCCAGAGGCUGGGAAAACCGGCGAUAAGGGAGGGCGGUGCCGGAGAAGGGCGGCGCGUGGCUGACUCAUCCCUCUGGAAGAUAAGACUGACAGACGCAAACCCUUGCCGAACCCGCCCGCCCGCCCUCGCUGCUCCGGGUCGGCUGGGAGGCGCCCGCCCGCGCCGCCAGCCCGCCCGCCAGCCAGUCUUCUCCCGGAGCGCUCUCCCGGCCCGGCCGCCUCAGAGAAAGUUUUCGUCGUCGGGAGGGACCGGAGGUGCCGCGGGCCUUCGGGGAAGGGAAGGAGGACGCAAGAGGAGGCUUCAGCCGCGCGGGCCCGGGGAGUGCAUGGUGCCCGGCGCCUCGGCCGCCUAUCAGGAGGACGUCGGGGCGGGGUCGGGCUGAGGCCAGCUCCUUCUUUCCCGAGGCCUCGUCAGAAAUCGCCCUCCCGGACUGCCGCGGGGUCCCCGCUCCUCAGCUCGCCAUGUCCCGGCUGCUGCCGCUGCUGAGGAGCCGGACCGCGCGCAGCCUGAGGCCGGGCCCGGCCGCCGCCGCCGCGCCCCGUCCGCCCUCCUGGUGCUGCUGCGGGCGGGGGCUGCUGGCGCUCGCGGCCCCAGGCGGCCCCCGGGCGCUGGGCACCCACCCCAAGAAGGAGCCCAUAGAGGCGCUGAACACGGCGCAGGGCGCGCGCGACUUCAUCUACAGCCUGCACUCCAGCGAGAGGAGCUGCCUGCUCAAGGAGCUGCAUCGCUUCGAGUCCAUCGCCAUCGCCCAAGCAUGCAGGUAUCCCAAACCUGAGAUUGCCAUUGUGAAGCGAGCAAAGGAGGUAUCAUCAGCAGAGACCCCUGAUAGUUUUGGUAUUUCAAGAUGUUCCAGUCAACUGACAAGGACUUCUCCUCACAGUGUCAGAACUGUAGUGAUGAUGAGAGUAAUGCAACUAGGAAAUAGUUCUGAAAAGUUGGAAGCUCAACCACCAACCCCAGGACAGCUGAGAUAUGUAUUCAUCCACAAUGCGAUACCUUUCAUAGGGUUUGGCUUUUUGGAUAAUGCAAUUAUGAUUGUUGCAGGAACCCAUAUUGAAUUGUCUAUUGGAAUUAUUUUGGGAAUUUCAACUAUGGCAGCUGCUGCUUUGGGAAACCUUGUGUCAGAUUUAGCUGGUCUUGGACUUGCAGGCUAUGUUGAAGCUUUGGCUUCCAGGUUAGGCCUAUCAAUUCCUGAUCUCUCACCAAAGCAAGUUGACAUGUGGCAAACACGUGUUAGUUCACAUUUGGGUAAAGCUGUCGGGGUGACUAUUGGCUGCAUUCUAGGAAUGUUCCCUUUGAUCUUCUUUGGAGGAGGUGAAGAUGAUGAAAAACUGGAAAAGAAAAAUUAACUCACAUAGAAUACCUUUAAAAAGAUGUAAACUAAUGUACCUCAGUUAUCAAAUAUGCUGUCAACAGCAUUUAGGAAUUAAGACAGUAACAGUGUAUAGAUAACGGGAUCAAAUAAUUCAGCAUGUAUUAUGGAAAACACUAACUUAUUGUGGCUUGGUUUUCUUAGGACAUCUUUUUAAAAAAAUUUUUUGUGUAAAUUGGUAAAAUGCUUUUUCAUCAAUGGCAGUCAACAUUUUACCUUUUCUUUUUCUUUAUAUACCAAAAUACCAUUUAAGUAUCAAUCGUUGAUGUACUGUGCUAACUUGAGAUUUGCCCGUUUGUUACUUACCAUGUGUACACGCAUGAAAGCAUUUUCUGUCGUCGUUGUCCCCUACAGUUACAAUUCAACCUUAAAAUUUUUUCCAAAUUACUUAAGAUGUUUAAUAUCAGUUGAAUAUUUCUUUUUUACUCUCUUUUUGGCAACAUCAAUUUUGUACUGUUUCACAGUAAACAUUUACAAUCAUAUAGUUUCAGUCAUUUUUUAAAAACUCUCACAUCUAUUCAAAAUGAAGUACUUAUCACUCAUUUUAAUUUUCUGACCUCUUAGUCUCAAGAGCCAGAGAUUAAUUAGGAUGAACAAUUAUUUUUAGUCUCCCUACUACAUAAGAACAUAUAUGUUAAGAAGUGCAUUAUUUUGAGUUGGUUUUUAUACUUUUAUUUUCUCAACUAUGAAUAAUUACAUAGUGAUUUUUGACUCCUAUCAGAAAGAAAGUCAUUAGAGUGCUUUUAAUGGGGAUUGUGGGAUUUAGGUCAACUAAGAGGUUUCGCAUGACACUUGGAAAGUUACAAGGCUAAAAAAAGUUUUUUUCACAGAAGUAUAAAAUGGAAACUGUUAAGAAGGUCUGUGGUAUAACUGGUGAAGUUGAGGUGAUGUUCGUAAGGUUAAUAAGUACAAAUAAUAUUGUUUGGGAAUGCUCCUCCCCUCCAAAUGUUGUCUCCUUAUCUGAGUUGAAUGAAUUUGAAUCCUAAUGUUAUAUCUUCUUUAGCAGAUUUUAUUUCUGGAUAACUUCUUUUGAGGUGAAAAAUAAAUAUUUUGUAUUUUACUUUUUGCUAUAUAUAUAUAUGGCCUAGUAAUCGAAAGAUGUAUGGGGAGAAAUUCUUUCUCCCAUUUUUUCUUCUAUUUCUUUUUUUGUGGCGUUUAAAUCAUAUUCUAGAUUUAAGUUCCUAAUGUCCAGUCUUGUGUAUCUGACUUAAGUGUAGCUAGAAUUCACAUCUAUACUUGUGAGUCAUAAAUUUUAAUUUUAUGAACCUGUAAAGUUUGUUAGCAUGUGAUCUGUUACACAUGCUAAAAAAUUACUCUUAAUUAUAAGAGUACUUAAAUAUAUCACAGAGGAGAAAAACAAAUUAAAAUGACUAUUUGGGCCACCGAAACUAUUUACUUUGUUAAAUAGAUGAAAAAGAAGGGAAACUUAAAGAUGGCUGUAUUUACAGCUACCUUAUUUUAAAGUUUUAUUUGCACAUUUACUUUGAACUCUUAUUUUCAGAGGAGCUGGUUUCUCUCAGAAGACAGUUUGUGAUAAAUUCUUUUCUGUUUACUUCAAAAUUAUUUUAGAGCUAUCCUGUAAUCAUAGAUUUUUGAGGGAAAAAUAGAUCAUAUGCUAUAAAAAAUAAAUAUAUAACAUUCUUAUGUACAAAUAAUGUGACAGUCUCGUUUGAUCAGAUUAAAAUUAUAAAACUUAACAUCUUAAAUAGAAUUGUGGUUUGUAUCUUCCACAUUACAUCACAGACACCAAAAUUUUUUUUUUUUUUUAAUUUCAGAUGAUAGGAUUAGAGUGAUUAUUUUAAAAAAUUUUUUUGGUAAAUGUUUAAGUGCUUUUGUGCCUAACUUAUUUUGCCAGCCCUUUCUGUUCUCUAAAAAUAUAUGUUUUUGUGGUGCUUAAAUUUUCUUUUUAUUAAGUCUUAGAUCCAGAAACCUUGCCUGUGAGUUUAGAAAGGACUUUUGAUUUUACUUUCUUUUUUUUUUCUGCUCAUGAAAAUAACACAGUCCUACAGAAUCUUUUAGUUUAACUGAGCAUCUGUAGAAUUAUUUAAGAUUUCAAAAUAUGGAAUAUAUAACCUUCAUAUUGAAAAGUAAUUUAUGGUCACAAUACAAUUUGCAUAAUUCAGGUAAUUAGUUUAAAAGAAUGGAGCCCUUUCAUCCUUAACCUAAGGUACACGUUUUUUUCUAGUAUGGUGCUUUGCACAAAGUGACGUCUGAAAAAUGGUUCCCUUUAAGAUAAUGACUUCAUAUAAUCAUUGUUUCAUGUUACUUGUCAUGGAGAAUGUUAUUUCAGGUUGAAACUGGAAUUCUUAUUUCUCACAUUAACUAUUUCUUUAUUGGGAGCAACUAUAACUAUGGUUAAAUGCAACAUGAGCUGCAUCAAUACUGUUCAUUUGAAGUCAUGUUGUCCGUGUAUUAUGAUUUAUUGACUUAUUUAUGCAUGUAAACUGGGUGCAUUUUGUUGCCACUGUAUGUUAAAUGGUGACCAAUGUUUUUACAAAGGAAUUGAACAAAGAAAAAUACCUUUUAAGAAA